AUGAAUCAUGAAGACCUCAUUAUUUUUGGUUACACUGUAGAAGGGAUUUCAAAUGUCAUCAAUCAUGAUUUGGACUUGAGGUUUUUCAUUCACUACUGCAGCUCACAAAGAAUUGACUUGUUGAAGUUUGAAAUCCAGUUUAGGACUUGUGUUGAUUUUAUUUCUUCAUCAUCUUCUUCUGCUCCUGCUCCUGCUUCUUCGUCAUCAUCAAGUUGUAUUUCAAGCGAUGAGGUAGUUGUAGUGGAAGACGUCACUGAUGAUGUGUGUUUGAUAAAAAAGGUCCCGAAGAAAUCUGAUGCUUGGGUCAACAUCUUAACUGGAGUAGGGAAGUUGUUUGAAGGUGGUAUUAAAGAAGUUAAGGAUUGUGUUAUAAAUCAGGCAUACCACGGUUUACAAUUCACCAAGCAAUUUCUUUGGGGUGAUGACAUCAAGUCUUAUUCAGAUUUUGUUUGGUAUAAAGAUGCCAUUGGACAUUACAAUCCUGGAAGCGUCGUGAAUUUUGAGUAUGAUGUUGUGACGCGUCGGUUCAAAAGGUUUUUCGUGGAUUUUGAAGCUUCUAUAACUGGUUUCAACAAUUACUACCGUCCGAUGCUAUUUAUCGAUUGUACCUUUCUCACCGGGAAGUUCAAAGGUGGUCUUAUGGUUGCUUGCGGCAAGACUGAGAUCUAUCCAGUUUCAUUUGGAAUUGUAGAAAGUGAAAAUUGUGAGAGUUGGCAAUGGUUUUUCAACAAUUUGAAGGGUAUUAUUUGUGAAGAUCGUCCACUGGCCAUCAUAUCGGAUCGUGGAAUCGGCCUUUUGAAGCAUGUGCCUGAAGUCUUCCCAAAUGCUUUCCAUUCGUUCUAUUUGUACCAUAUGAAAGAAAAUAUUCCUGUUCCAAAGGGCAGGAGUAGACAAACUGCAGUCAAGUUAUUCGAGGAGUGCUACACUGCAUUAACAAAGAAAAUUUUUUAUGUUGCUGCGAAGAGUAUGAGUAAUCUAAAGUUGGAUUCAGUGGUUGCUUGGAUGAUGAAGAUUCCAUUCGAGAAUUGGGCUGCUCAUGCAUUUCUAGGAGAAAGGUGGGGUGAGAACACAUCUAAUAUUGCUGAGAGUUUUAACAAUUUCAUUAAGCAUGAUAAGCCGCUUCCAGGACUUGAGCUUGUUGAUGUUAUUCGUGCUAAGUUAAUGGAGCAUAAUUACAAGAGGUUAGUGGAGUCUAACAAAUGGACUACAAGGCUCACUCCUCGUAUGCAAGCAAGAUUUAACAAGAGGAUAAACGACUGUUGUUCAUACAAGUUUCGAAGAGCAAGUGAGAAGGUAUUUGAGAUCAUUUCUCCAACAGGGAAGCAUACUGUUGACUUGGAUCCUAGAACUUGCAGCUGCAAAUGGUGGCAAAAACAUAGCUUUCCUUGCACUCAUGCAAUGAAAGCAAUGUUGCAGAUUGGAAAUGAUGAACCGUACAACUAUAUUAGCCCUUACUAUACUUCUGACUACUAUAGAAGGUUGUACUCUCGACCCAUAUAUCCUAUUCCUGACUCUGAGAAGACACCUGGAAUUAAUGAAAAGGGGUAUAUUUUUCCUCCCACUGGAGGUCGAGAAUAA